AUGGCCAGAGGUAAAGGCAAUUCCAUCUAAGCAUUCCCACCAUAUUGCUGAGUUCAUCAUUGAAGUGAUUUGCCGACACGGUACACCAUCAGAAGUCAUCACUGAUAGAGGCAGAGAAUUCUGUAACAAGGUCAACUCCAUCUUAUGUUCAAAGCUGAAUAUAGACCACAAAGUGUCAUCUCCUUACCAUCCACAAACCAAUGGGCUCACAGAAAGGUUUAACCAGACCCUAUGCAACUCACUCAGGAAGUAUGUAAAUGACCAACAAAAUGACUGGGACCAAUACCUACAACAAGUUGCCUUUGCUGCAAGAACAUGUGUCCAGAAGUCAACAAAGCAGACUCCUUUCUUCUUAGUAUAUGGCAGAAAACCUACUUUACCUAUUGAGCUAGACAUACCUACAGCCAUGCCUUCAGACAAUUCAGAUGAAGUAGAAUUAAACCAUAGAAUUGUGUCAUUUGUCCAUCUGAUAAAGACCCAGAAAGACACCAAAGAAGAAAUAAAGAAAGCUCAGACUAAGCAGAAAGAGUACCAUGACAGGAACCAUCAAAAACCAUUCCUACCUGGUGAGCAAGUGCUAGUAAAGAACUCAAAGAGAAUAAAUAGAUGUGGAGACAAGAUGGUACACAGAUGGACAGGGCCUUUCACCAUUGCAGACUAUAUAGGGAAAGGUGUCUACAAGGUAAACGGGAGAAAAACAGUCCUCAAUGCAAAGAGCCUUAGAAGGUAUUUGACCCCAAAAACAACUGCAAAGAGCCAGAAACCAACUGCAAAAAGUCAGAAACCAUCUACAAAGAGGCAGAAACCAACUGCAAUGAGCCAGAAACCAUCUGCAAAGAGCCAAACUGCAAAGAUCCCAAAACCAUUAAAACAACUUAAGACACUUUCAUCAAAUGUUAAACUCCAGCAAGCCAGAAAAACUAGCAACCAACCUACUAAUAUAUCAAAAGAAACAGCACUCAAUGACUUUGAAAGAUGGCUGACUUUACUACCAAACAGCAGUCUUGAAUUCAUAGUAGACAAGUGUUCAAACUACAACAUGACCAACCCUAGAGAUAUCCUACAUUUCACCGCUGCAUCACUGGAAUGCCCACGCCUGUCAAUGUACCUGAAAUGGCAAAAGAACACACCAUCAGACCAUGACCAAUGCAUUACUACUCUGGUGGAGAGACUAAAACCACAUCCACUUCGCAAGUUACCAAAUCCAGUCAAGAGGGUACCAGCCAUCAUGAUAACUGCAGCUGUUCUAUUAGAAGCUUACUCGACAACAAGCAAACCAGAAGAUGUGCUGCUCACCUUAGAAGAUGUCCCACUUGGGUACUCAGUUGAAUCCAAGUUCUGCUUUUCCAAGACCAAGACCAAACAACGCCUUCAUGUUGCUGGACAUGCUUUGACUACAGCUGACCUGAGGUCUCUUAGACCAAGGGAAUGGUUGAAUGAUCAGAUAGUGAAUGCCUUCCUAUGUUUAUCAAGUACAGAAAGUAACAAGCAAGCUCCACAUCAUAGUUAUGUACUACCAAGCCACCUGGCACUCAAAUGGGAAGGUGGCGACUAUGGCAGCUGGAUUUUCAAGAUGGAUUCUCUAAUGCAGUAUAAAUUGAUAUUGAUGCCAGUAUGCUACAAAGACCACUGGUUCCUUUUGGUAGCAAGGCCUAGUCACAGAACAGUUGGUGUCCUAGAUUCAAUGCAUAGCAUUUCAAGGCAGACAAGAUUUCUAAACCAUUGGAGGAAAUUCAUGAAAGCCAGACAUCAAAUAGUUACAGGAACACCUACAUCCUGGACAUUAGAACAGUUUGUGUCAUCAAAGCAGGCAGAUGGGGAUUCCUGUGGUGUGUUUGUACUUAUGAAUGCAUAUGCAAUUCUUCACAAGAAGGAACCAACCAUCAUGAGACAAUGCCAUGUAAAGGGUUACAGGAAAUUUGUCAGUCAUCAACUUUUCACGCACUCUACAACAACUCCAUAGACAUGAUAGAAGACGGACACGGCAUUACCAUGAUCUUCCUUUGUUAUAUUGAAAGACAAUAUUCUUAACUUACAAUGUGAAAAAAGUAUAAACUUGGUUUUAUAUUAAAAGGAUACACAAUAUCUAAUUCUACAUUUAUGUUUGAGAGAUAAUAACAAUGAGUUUUUAUAAAGAUUAUCUGAACAAAUUGAAUUAAAACUAAAACUUAUUCAAGCUACCAUUUCUUAUGAUUAUUGCAGAUUGAUGAAAUUUAAUGCUCAUCAGUUAACUUUUAUUGGAUCCAAAAGGUCAACUGAAUUUUUUUUUACAAAAGUUAACAUUCAAAAGUCAGUUUGAAAUAGUAGACAGAAAAACUUAAGACUUAUUUGUUUAUGAAAUAUAUAUGUCCAAAAAGCAUUGCUAUGGACAUUGAUAUUUUAAUUCUUGAAUAUAUAAAUAUGUAUAUAAGUAUGAAAAAGUGAGGAGUAAGUGUGGAAGACUGAAAUCAUCGAAUGGAAAAUAAUGGUUCUCUAUAAUGUAAAUCACUGUACUGAAUGCAAAAGGAAAUGAGAGUUUGAAUGUGAGAGAUGAAUCUAUUAUUUAAAACUUCACUUGU